AUGUCCGCAAUUCUCCGCAAGCUGACAGGUGGAAACCUGGAAGUGUUCAAAUUCGGCGUGUACCUCAUGUUCCCUAUCGGCUGGAUGUACUACUUCGGCCUGAACCUCGAAGACCGCUUCCAAACUAAGGGCUUCUGGCCUACAGCUGAACAAUCGCACAAGAUCCCUCUCGACAAGGAGGAGAUUGACGCUGAACUAGCGCGUAUGCGCAUGGUUGAUGGGAUACGCCGUGAACGGAGGGAGCGCGAGGCUGCUGCUACUGCUGCUCAGGCUCAGCAGACAGAGUCGAGCAGCACACAAUAA